CGUUGCAGACGUGUGCCUGGCGCUGGGGUUUUGGCCUUCACUUCGAGCCUGUGCGGUGGUUCGCCCGGGUUCCCCUAAGUGGACGAGACCUCCUUAGCUGGCACAGGGGAUAUAGCCUCAUACCUGAAGCGAGCUCUUAUUUUGCCGGGCAGGUACCAAGCUGCAUUUUCUAUAAAAUGGGAAUUUUUAUUGCACUUCUUGGAAUCUGGUUCAGCUCUUCUCUAGCAAAGGCAGAUUCUAAAGCAGUGACAACAUCCCUGACUACAAAGUGGUUGUCAACCCCUUUGUUACUGGAAGCAAGUGAAUUUUUAGCAGAAGAAGGUCAAGAGAAAUUCUGGACUUUUGUCGAGGCCAGUCAAGAUAUUAGAUCAUCAGAUCAUGGUGGUACCAAUUAUUCUUCUUACCAUGCAAUGCUGAAAGCAGCCUGCCAGAAUCUGUCACUGCUGCAGCAGAACUUGUUGAAGUUUUCCCUGUCUUUACGUUCCUAUUCUGCUACAAUUCAAGCCUUUCAGCAGAUAGCAGCAGAUGAACCUCCACCAGUGGGUUGUAACUCAUUUUUUGCUGUGCACGGGAAGAAGACUUGUGAAUUUGACACCCUUGAAAUCCUUUUACAAACCGCUUCAGAAAGGCUGAAGCCAUUUUUGUUCAAAGGAGAUCACAGAUUCCCCCUCUCAAACCCGGAAAGUCCUGUUGUCAUACUCUAUGCUGAGAUUGGCACUGAGGAGUUUUCCAAAUUCCACAACCUGCUUGUUUCGAAAGCCAGUGCAGGAGAAAUCACUUACGUCCUCAGACACUAUGUUGCUAAUCCAAGUAAAGAAAAAGUCUACCUGUCAGGCUAUGGUGUGGAACUGGCUAUUAAAAGCACAGAAUAUAAGGCCAAGGAUGAUACCCAGGUGAAAGGUACAGAGGUGAAUGCUACAAUGAUAGGUGAAAAUGACCCUAUUGAUGAAGUGCAAGGAUUUCUCUUUGGAAAGCUAAGGCAGUUGUAUCCUGACUUGAAGGAAGAACUGAAGGAACUUAGAAAGCAUCUUAUUGAAAGUACCAAUGAAAUGGCACCUUUAAAAGUAUGGCAGUUACAAGAUCUAAGUUUUCAAACCGCUGCUCGCAUCCUGGCUGCUCCCACUGUGGAUGCUUUGAUGGUCAUGAAAGACCUCAGUCAGAACUUCCCUACAAAGGCCAGAGCAAUAACGAAAACAGUUGUUUCCUCGGAACUCAGGACAGAAAUUGAAGAGAACCAAAAGUACUUCAAAGGAACAUUAGGAUUACAAUCUGGUGAUUCCGCCUUGUUCAUCAAUGGACUGCACAUUGAUCUAGACACACAGGACAUAUUUAGCUUGUUUGACGUGUUGCGCAAUGAAGCUCGUGUUAUGGAGGGACUUCACAGUUUAGGAAUUGAGGGCCUUUCCCUGCAUAAUGUUCUAAAGCUAAACAUCCAGCCAUCAGAUUCAGACUAUGCUGUGGAUAUCAGAAGCCCUGCUAUUUCAUGGAUCAACAACCUUGAAGUUGACAGCAGGUACAAUUCCUGGCCUUCCAGCGUGCAGGAACUGCUGCGCCCCACCUUUCCUGGAGUAAUCAGACAAAUCAGAAAAAACUUCCACAACUUUGUUCUUAUAGUGGAUCCUUCCCAUGAGAGUACAGCAGAAUUGCUUAACGUGGCGGAGAUGUUCUUCAGCAACCACAUCCCAUUGAGGAUUGGUCUGGUCUUUGUGGUUAAUGACUCAGAAGACGUUGAUGGGCUACAAGAUGCUGGGGUUGCCCUUCUUAGAGCAUUUAAUUAUGUUGCGCAAGAAGUGGAUAAUAAUUAUGCCUUCCAGACUGUUAUAUCUAUAUAUAACAAAGUAAAAACUGGAGAUCAGCUGCAGGUUGAACAUGUGGUUAGUGUUCUCGAGAAGCAGUAUCCUUAUGUAGAAGUGAACAGCAUUCUGGGGAUUGAUUCUGUUUAUGAUCAAAACAGGAAGGAAGGCAGAGGGUACUAUGAGCAGACAGGUGUGGGACCUCUACCUAUUGUGCUGUUUAAUGGAAUGCCUUUUCAAAAAGAGCAGCUGGAUCCUGAUGACCUAGAAACCAUAACAAUGCAAAAAAUCCUGGAAACCACCAGUCUCUUCCAGAGAGCUGUGUACUUGGGUGAAUUAUCCAGUGAUCAAGAUGUGGUUGAAUAUAUCAUGAACCAGCCUAAUGUUGUUCCAAGAAUCAACUCAAGGAUCUUGAUGUCUGACAGAGAGUACUUGGAUCUAACUGCCACGAAUAACUUUUUUGUGGAUGAUUAUGCUAGAUUUACUGUCUUGAAUUCCAAAGAUAAAACAGCUGCUGUAGCCAAUAGUAUGACCUACUUAACAAAGAAAGGAAUGUCCUCCAAGGAGAUCUAUGAUGAUUCUUUUGUUAGACCAGUUACUUUUUGGAUUGUUGGAGAUUUUGAUAAACCUUCUGGGAGACAAUUGUUAUAUGAUGCUAUCAAACAUCAGAAAUCCAGUAAUCAUGUCCGAAUUAGCAUGAUUAAUAACCCUAGUGAAGAUCCAACUAACGAGAACACAGUCAUCACCAGGGCCAUAUGGGCAGCUUUACAGACACAAACGUCAAACAAUGCCAAGAACUUCAUCACUAAAAUGGCUAAAGAAGAGACAGCAAAGGCACUGGAGGCAGGAGCUGACAUCACAGAAUUCGCGGUUGGUGGUAUGGAUGUCAAUACUUUUAAAGAGGCCUUUGAAUCCCCCAAAGUGGAUUUUAUACUGUCUCAUGCCAUGUACUGCAGGGAUGUUCUUAAGUUGCAGAAAGGACAGAGGGCAGUGAUCAGCAAUGGAAGGAUUAUUGGCCCAUUAGAAGACAAUGAGCUGUUCAAUCAGGAUGAUUUCCACCUCCUAGAGAAUAUUAUACUAAAGACAUCAGGACAGAAAAUCAAAUCCCAUAUUCAGCAGUUGGGAGUAGAGGAAGAUCUUGCAAGUGACUUGGUAAUGAAGGUGGAUGCUCUUCUGUCUGCUCAGCCAAAAGGAGAGGCAAGGAUUGAAUAUCAAUUUUUUGAAGACAGAUACAGUGCAGUUAAACUGAGACCAAAGGAGGGGGAGACCUACUUUGAUGUGGUGGCUAUUGUUGAUCCAGCUACCAGAGAUGCUCAAAGACUUGCUCCAUUACUUAUGGUUUUGAACCAACUGAUAAACAUGAAUCUAAGAGUUUUUAUGAACUGCCAGUCCAAACUUUCUGACAUGCCUCUGAAAAGCUUUUAUCGCUACGUUUUGGAGCCCGAGAUUUCUUUCACAGCAGACGACAACUUUGCUCCUGGUCCAAUUGCCAAAUUCUUGGAUAUGCCUCAGACUCCACUGUUCACUCUGAACCUAAACACCCCUGAGAGCUGGAUGGUGGAGUCUGUCAGAACUCCAUAUGACCUUGAUAACAUUUAUUUAGAGGAGGUGGAUAAUAGAGUAGCUGCAGAAUAUGAAUUGGAGUAUCUGCUUCUGGAAGGACACUGCUAUGACAUCACUACAGGACAGCCACCUCGAGGACUCCAGUUCACACUGGGAACUUCAGCCAAUCCUGUCAUUGUUGAUACCAUUGUGAUGGCCAACUUAGGCUACUUCCAAUUAAAAGCCAAUCCUGGGGCUUGGGUUUUGAGACUCAGAAAGGGGAGGUCUGAGGACAUCUAUAGAAUCUACAGCCAUGAUGGUACAGAUUCUCCACCUGACGCCAGUGAAGUUACUGUUGUUCUCAACAACUUCAAGAGCAAAAUUAUUAAAGUGAAGGUUCAGAAGAAACUAGACAUGAUGAAUGAAGAUUUACUAAGUGAUGGAACCAGUGAGAAUGAGUCUGGAUUUUGGGAGUCUCUUAAGUGGGGAUUUACAGGUGGGCAGAAGAAUGACGAAGUGAAACAGGAUAAAGAUGACGUGAUUAAUAUAUUCUCUGUGGCUUCAGGACACCUGUAUGAAAGAUUCCUCCGUAUAAUGAUGUUAUCUGUGCUGAAACACACUACGACUCCAGUGAAAUUCUGGUUCUUGAAGAACUAUUUGUCACCUACAUUCAAGGAGUUCAUUCCAUACAUGGCAGAGAAAUACAAUUUCCAGUAUGAGCUUGUCCAAUACAAAUGGCCCCGAUGGCUUCACCAGCAAACAGAGAAACAGCGCAUUAUCUGGGGUUACAAGAUCCUUUUUCUGGAUGUGCUGUUCCCACUGGUGGUUGAUAAAUUCCUGUUUGUGGAUGCUGAUCAGAUUGUGCGCACAGACCUCAAAGAGUUAAGAGACUUCAAUUUGGAAGGUGCACCAUAUGGCUAUACUCCAUUCUGUGAAAGCCGUAGAGAGAUGGAUGGAUACAGGUUCUGGAAGUCAGGAUACUGGGCAAGUCACUUGGCUGGAAGAAAAUAUCACAUCAGUGCUCUAUAUGUUGUGGAUCUGAAAAAGUUUAGGAAGAUAGCUGCUGGAGACCGGCUAAGAGGACAAUAUCAAGGUCUGAGUCAAGAUCCUAACAGUCUUUCCAAUCUUGAUCAGGAUUUGCCCAACAACAUGAUCCAUCAGGUGCCCAUUAAAUCACUACCCCAGGAGUGGCUUUGGUGUGAAACAUGGUGUGAUGAUUCUUCAAAGAAGAGAGCAAAAACUAUUGAUCUGUGUAAUAAUCCAAUGACGAAAGAGCCCAAGCUUCAGGCAGCCGUGCGCAUUGUCCCAGAGUGGCAGGACUAUGAUCAAGAAGUUAAACAGCUAUACAGUCGUUUCCAGAAAGAGAAAGAAUCAGGAACCCUUACUACAACAGAUGGGAUGAAACAGCAAAACAGAAAAGAUCUAGGCGCACAUGUGGAAUUAUGAUCCAUGGGGAAAAAUGAAGUUAGACUGUUCCAUAGACAAUUUUUAUAUCAAAUGCUAGUUUUUUUUCCAGUAUGUCUGCAAAACUGCUGAAUAAUUGAAUGGGAUGAUGUAUGCGUUUAUUACUUGCCUUUGGGUUGAUUUCUGCAUAUGAAAUAGGAUCAAGGUUACUGUUUUUGCACCUGGGUGGGGGAAAUGAAAGUACUCACAGUGGAUUGUAGAAUUUCAGUAACAGAAAUUCAAAGUACAUUGAAAAGCAGCAGGUCUGUUCAUCUAGCUGUUGCCACAUACAACCACUGCUGGCCACGAUUCUUAGCCACAGAUAUCUUACUCAAGAGCACAUGGAAAAUGCAUACUCAGUGAACGGUGGGACAGCGAUAGCAUGAGUCCUUACCUCAAAUGAGUGUUUUGAGAUGGAGCUAGUUUUUCCAGGCUACAUUAAGCUUGGAACCAUGCUUUGAACUGGUCUAAUGUUGCAACUGCAAUUUUCAGAUGGUCCAUCUUUUACAAGGCUCUGUUCAUUAUGCCACUGAUUCUGUUACAGAACAGCAGUUUCAUUAUUUAAAUUGAGACAUAGUAUCUGUUUCCUCACUUUUGAAGAGUUGGCUCAGUGCAAAGCUACCCACACCAUUUAAAAACAAACAUUCACUUGCAGCUGUAUAUGCUAACAAGGUUAACAAUACUUUGCAACUGAUAUACAAAAAUCAGGAUUUUUUUUCUGACUUGCCCCUUCCUCCUAAAUUUAUUUAAAAGUGCCCUGUUUCUCCUUCUACACUCUUCAAAAAUUUUAAACAAAUCUGUAGGGCAUUAAUACUGCUGUGGUUCAUUGUUUUAUAAAUGUUUUUGCUGUUUAUGAAAAUCUGUGGAAGUUUUUGAUCAUGUAAAUUUCAUUUUUCUUCAAACACAAGAUGUCACAUCAAUAAAACCUUGGAGUUCUUAGGGCUUUGUGUUAGUUCUCACAUUCAACCUUCUUUCCUUUGAUCUUCCUGGUCCUCCUUACAUGGAACACAAUAACGGAUUCCUCAUUUGCACACAUUUUUUUAGUUGCUUUGAUGCAAUAAGUUUAAUUCAAGUGCGCAGAACAGAAAACAUUUUUCUCUGAGUAACUGUGUCUUCUGAGGAUUAGUGUCCUUAGUUUCUUCAGCUGUAAAUUUUCUAAUAAAUCUCUUUCACAUAUUAAUUUUAAAACAAGCCAUGGCAGUAGCUCUGCCACAAGAGCACACUUAUAAAGUCAAUUUCUGUCUACUCAGGUAUAGUGUGUGUACAUUUUACCACUGCAGGUAACUGUAUCAAAACAGAAGUUUCUUUAAGAGAGUGUUGGUGAGAUAAAUUGAGCAAUUUGUUUUGUAAUCAGAUAGCACUAUACCUUUGUCCAGAACAUUGUGGAGAUGGAAAUCCAAGGUGAAGAAAAGUCUCCAUAUUUUAUAUUCCAACAGCAUUGAAAGAGCUAGGUCUUCAUUUUCAAAAAUAUGGUAUUUGGUUUUUUUUAUUUAUUUAUUUAUUUAAAGAAACAGGCCCCUAGCAUUCUGGCCAAGAUGAUGGAUUUCUGCAUUAGUCUUAGUUUAGCUUUCAGCAUUUUCUUUUAAAAGCUGUAUAUGAUGUAAGCCUACUCCAAAUGUCAACAUUUGAGGUAGGUAAUUCUCUGAAAUCCACUUUAAAGAAGAAAUUGGCUCAAAUAACCCUAAAUUUGUGUCUAGAACUCACUGUAGUGUUUUGUGACCGAAGGGACAGAUUUAUUUUUGGAGGGAAGAGGUUUUUAGUUUUGCUUACUUUUUUAAAAAAAAAAAAGUGUCCACUUUUUCCCCACCACUGUAUCCUUUUUGGAAAUAAAAUGGAGCAAUGGCAACCGGAUGGGUGGUGUCUGUUCAGAGAAGAUACAGAGAGCAGUAUGCCUUCCUCAUUGAUUCAUUUUGACCACCACCUCAUGCAUCCUAUCACUUUUAGAACCAGGGAAGUUGUUCAUAGCAUUCUCCUGGGUGCUGGACAGAGGAGGAAAUGGCUCCCUAUGUCCCCUUUCCAUCUGCACACAGCAGGAUUCAGCCCCAAGGACUGUUGCAUUGUAUAAGGGGGAUAGAGUUUUACAGACAUUUGCUAUGAAAGGUCCCUACGUUAACAGACACAGAAAAUUAGUGUGUGUAACUCCCUGGAGCCCUUUGUAGCCCAAUACUUUCACUUACAUCUAUAAUUUUUAAAACAGCCUACUACUAAUUGAUACAAUGUGUGUGGCUUACAUGGCAGCCAGUUAUAUUUCACAGGCACUUUUAGCAGAUCAACCCCCAAAGUGGCAGCUUAGCACUAGCAAAAUAGAGGAAACCCCCCCUCUCAUGACCAAAGCCAUGCUCUGCAGGUGAGGGGAACAGGGUUUCAUCAACCAGAUAUUCAGUUCAGAUUCCAUCAUGCCUGUAGGCAUAUAUGUAUCUUCUAUCCAGCAGCUCUUAAUGCACUACUCAGACACUUAAAUGAGCGUCAGAGCUAUAGUAAUCAAGGCUGGGAAAUGAGAUGGUUUUUAAACUCAUUGCAGUGUAAAUUUAAUCUAGUUUUUCCAAUAAAAAGAUCAGAAGCCCAAGUACUACAGGUGCUAAUAGGAACCUCCAGCAACUUUAAAGGCUUUCACAAGCAAAAGUUUGUAUAACAUUUAAUACAAAAUCUAAGCCUGACUCUUGCAAGAAUUACCCAGUUUCAGCUACUGACACUCAUGACAUUAAAUGUACACAGACUGGCACAGAAGACGAAAGAUUUAGUGUGCUGUUAAAAAAAAAAUCCAUCCAAGAUUCCAAGGAGGCAAUAGGAGAGCGCACAUUCUCUAAAUGACUGAUGUCCAUGCUGCACAAAUUCUGUGAAUGUAAUCAGAGGCUUGAGGGUAAAUGAUAAAGGAAAUGUAUUACAUGUAGUCCAGUAUGUGAGUCUGUUUGUGUGCAGGUACUGCUAAUGAAGUCUUGUUCACAGUCAAGCUGGAUAUUUAUUUUUGAACCACUCACUCUUCAAUUACAGACUUGGGCUGUCCAAUGUUUUUUGAGGUGAGUGCCCUAGGAGCAUGAUUUGAAGACAAAAAAAACAGUAAAUUAUUGAAAUAGUUUAGUUAAUGAGGUGUGAAGUGUAAAAUUGCUAUAUAAAUCAACUUGUUCUUCAGAAUUUAGUAACUUGGAAAGCUAUUAAAUUGGCCAAAGCUAUUGAGAGAGUUUUACGUUCCUUCUGCUUGAUAAAGAUUAUUCUCUUCCAUUCAACUGUGUCUUUAUUCUGGGUCUGAUUUAGAGGGAAAACUUGUCAAUCACCUGGAAUCAAGUCAUAAUCAGGCAUGAACUGACUGAGAAACUACUUUUAAUAUUAGAGAUUCUGCAAUUCUUUUGCAGUACAUUUUAAAAGUUCUGUACUUAUUCUGAUAGUCACAAUACAUGAAGUAUAUGUGCCAGACACAGUCUGAAUAAUGAAAUUCUCCAGCUAGAUUUAGAAUACUACCCUGCCUCUCUCCAUAACUAUAGUUGUUGCAGGUGAGACAAAGUAGAGCAAAGUAUUCACCUUCUCUCAGAACUACAAGUAACAAUAUCCUCUGAUGGAAUUGUUUUUUUGCAAAAACUUCUGUUUCAAAGAAAGCUGCAUCCAGGGAACAUGUCUCACCCUCUUUACUCCUACAACAGAAUCUUAAUUGUAUUUAAGUAGAGCUAUUUCUGAGGUGAUUGGCUGGGACUGUACUCCUGGAAAGUGACAUCAGUUAUACAGGGAUAAUUGUGACAUGUUGCUAAAAUGCGAUUGAAACUGGUAUCAAAUUCUGGGUCCCCAUGCUGCUAAAGGCACAAAAAAAGCCACUAUGCAACCUCUAAAACACAAUUGUGAUGUUUAUUUCUAUGACCCUUGCCCUACAGACAUCAGUGAGAAAUGGGUUACAGUUUUCCUUUAAAGGAAGCUUUGACUACCCUUCUAUUCCAAAGUACAAAAAUAGAAAUGGUGGAGAAGUGUAAAAAAAAUUCUUGAUGAGCUUUUGCACUCUGCUAUUGGGACUUGGGUGGGGAUGGGGAAGCAAGAGAAAGGACAUUAACAAAGGGAAGAAUCCAUCCAGAUCGGCAGCCAGCGAUCGAUCCCUGAGCGCUCUCCUGUCGACUCCUGUACUCCAGCACCGCAAGAGGCACAAGCAGAGUCGACUCACCGCGGUGAAGACACCACAGUAAGUCGAUCUAAGUACGUUGACUUCAGCUACAUUAUUCAUGUAGCUGAAGUUGCAUAACUUAGAUCGAUUCCUCCCCCCCCCCCCACCCCACCUCCAAGUGUAGACCAGGGCUAAGUUUUUAAGAAACCUAGAUGCCUUUUCUAAUCUUUUUCCAUAUUCAAUUUCCUGUAAUCCUGUUCAACACCAUGCAGAGUAAAGAUGCUGAUACUCAUUGAUGUGAGUGCGGGAGUUUUAAAUGUCCCCUGAACUGAAAUUACAAUGACUUUCCCAGUACUGUGAUGAAAAAAAAGAUCUGUUCAACACAAUAAAUGUUUUUCCUCUCUUCUGUAA